AUGGGUGGUGUCUCCGUUCGCGAUGUGGACGCACAGCAGUUCAUCUCUGCUUACUCUGCUUUCUUGAAACGUCAGGGAAAGCUCCCCAUCCCUGGCUGGGUUGACACUGUCAAGACCUCCGCCUCCAACGAGCUCCCUCCCCAGGACGCUGACUGGUUCUACGUUCGCGCCGCCGCUGUCGCCCGUCACAUCUACUUGCGCAAGACCGUCGGUGUCGGCCGUCUCCGUAAGGUCCACGGUUCCACCAAGAACCGUGGCUCCCGCCCCAGCCACCACGUUGACGCCUCCGGCUCCGUUGACCGCAAGGCCCUCCAGGCCCUUGAGAAGAUCGGUGUCCUCGAGAUCGAUGAGGAGAAGGGAGGCCGCCGCAUCACCCAGAGCGGCCAGCGUGAUCUUGACCGUAUUGCCAAGACCACCGUCGAUGAGGAGGAGUCGGAUGAGGAGUAA